AUGUUUUUUCCUUUCCGUAUCAUCAGAGCUCCUCUCCCUGACUUUGAGGAUGACCUUCAAAGCAAAGAAGUGGAGAACUACCGGACAGCGAUGCGUAAAAUGGCGGAGGACAUCAUAGCCCUGAGGACCCAGGUGGUAACCUUGGGGACGGACAACAGCCAACUCCGCAGUGAUCUCACGCUGCACCAGGACCUGGGGCGCCACCUAUUGGACGAUACUGAUGUAGAUGUCAUGACCAAGGCAGAGAUCUCUGACCGGAUAGCCUCUCUGAAGUUUAAGCUGGCCAGUGAGAUCAGCAAGGCUUCAGCUCAGAGAGACAAGAUACAACAGCUACAGAAUGAUCUGAUCAGGAAGAAUGACAGUGAAAAGGAGUUGCUGCGUCUCCAGAGAGCUCACCAGCAGCAACAGACCGUCCUACAGCGAUACCACAGGACUGUCUCCAAGACUGCAGGCCUGGAGGCCACCGUUAAACAGCAGGAGAAGAUCAUUGAGAAGAUGGAGAAGCUUCUGGACAACACACUGGCAGAGAAGAGCAAGGACAAUGCAGAGAGGAAGAGGAAACCAACAGGCGAGGAGGAUAACAGGAAGGAGAUAGCGACAGCAGCAGAGAACAGUCGACUCAGAGGAGAACUGGACAAGAUACAUUCCCAACCUCCACAAGCUGCCAUCAUCAUACAGCCUGCACAGGUGUUCCUAGACAGAGAGAGGCUGAGUCUGCUCAGUAAGCUGGAGAAGGCAGAGACCAGAGUACGAACACUUGAGAAACAGCUGGAAGAUAACUCGAAGAGAUGGGGCAGACAGAAACAAGACAUGCUGACCAGACUCAGUGAACACAUCUACGGUUUGGAUCGCACGUCAUCCACCAUCGCCCAUGAUCUACCCCUGAAGAGUGUGUCAGAUUCUGUGCUGGAGCGUACCCGACAAAGAGAGCUGAAGCCGGUGAAGAAGUGACCCUACCUCCCAUACUUGACCUCUAACCCCCGACUACCUGUGUGUCUGUCUCCUUCAGAAGAGUCUGACCUCUAACCCCGACCUCUCGGCUACCCAGCUAACACCCCAGGACCAGCUAACACCCCAGGACCAGCUAACACCCCAGGACCAGCUAACACCCCAGGACCAGCUAACACCCCAGGACCAAGUCAUUCAUUUUCCUGAAAAACCCCGACCUCUCGGCUACCUGACCUACUCAACAUACAGACCUGAUACCCAGCUAACACCCCUGUGUGUCUGUCUCCUUCAGAAGAGUCUGACCUCUAACCCCGACCUCUCGGCUACCUGACCUACUCAACAUACAGACCUGAUACCCAGCUAACACCCCAGGACCAAGUCAUUCAUUUUCCUGAAAAACCCCGACCUCUCGGCUACCUGACCUACUCAACAUACAGACCUGAUACCCAGCUAACACCCCAGGACCAAGUCAUUCAUUUUCCUGAAAAACCCCGACCUCUCGGCUACCUGACCUACUCAACAUACAGACCUGAUACCCAGCUAACACCCCUGUGUGUCUGUCUCCUUCAGAAGAGUCUGACCUCUAACCCCGACCUCUCGGCUACCCAGCUAACACCCCAGGACCAGCUAACACCCCAGGACCAGCUAACACCCCAGGACCAGCUAACACCCCAGGACCAGCUAACACCCCAGGACCAGCUAACACCCCAGGACCAGCUAACACCCCAGGACCAGCUAACACCCCAGGACCAGCUAACACCCCAGGACCAGCUAACACCCCAGGACCAGCUAACACCCCAGGACCAGCUAACACCCCAGGACCAGCUAACACCCCAGGACCAGCUAACACCCCAGGACCAGCUAACACCCCAGGACCAGCUAACACCCCAGGACCAGCUAACACCCCAGGACCAGCUAACACCCCAGGACCAGCUAACACCCCAGGACCAGCUAACACCCCAGGACCAGCUAACACCCCAGGACCAGCUAACACCCCAGGACCAGCUAACACCCCAGGACCAGCUAACACCCCAGGACCAGCUAACACCCCAGGACCAAGUCAUUCAUUUUCCUGAAAAUGUAUUUGUUUUGUUUUGUUAUUAGACAAUAAACAUUUUCCCAAAAA